AUGCAACGGAUGAAGCUUUGCUCCUUCAAUAUACUACGCCAUGUUGCCUUCCUCAUUCUCCUUGGAUUGGCAAUUUACAUUUUUAUGAAGUUGUCAGAGAUGAGAAAUCAUAGUGAGCAUCAUGUUAGCAUGUUAUCAGAGCAAUUGAGAAAUAAAACAUUUGCACAGAUUGAACACACAGCCAAUAUGUUUCUUCCCCUAAAUUACUCAGCAUCAAGCUUGGCUAGAGGUCUAAGUUCAUCUAUCAAUGGAACACAGUUACCCUUCGCCACAAUCCAAACUAAGGUAGCACCCCAUUUGUUUAUGGCACUUUCAACAAUCCCAUUUGUAUCACAAAUCUCAUAUGUGGGACAAGAUAGGUUGAUGUAUUCUUAUUACACUGAAGAAGGCCAUGAUGAUGCGCAAACUUUCGCAGUGUUUACAAACUCUUCAUCUGCAAUGUGUUAUAGUCAGCCAGUGAAUCGCGACACUGGGAUGCUUUAUGGACAACCAGUUGUUGUUGAUGCAAACAUGGUUGGCCUCGAGUCUCUAGGCUGGUCUAAACAAUCCUCAAAACUAACAAUGGGUUAUGCAUCUCAGUCCUCUAUUGGUAUUGGGUUGAACAAGGCCAAAAGGGAAUUAUUUUUCAAUACGGCCACAAUGGAUGGAAGGGGCAAGGUAUCGGUGGGAUUUCCAGUACAAUAUGUGGAUGACCGAUUUUCCGCCUUAAAUCUCUAUGGCGCGGAUUUUUACCUGGCGAGUAGUAAUGGUCAAGUCAUAGUGGAGACAAAGAUUCCUCAUACCCGCAUAAAUGCCUAUAAUGGUACCAUUUCUGUUCAAUUCAAGAACUUGAAUGGUACUCAUCAAGAUUUGAGUGGCAACCAAUCUUGCAAGCUGGGAAAUGGUGAAAGGGGACAAUUUGAAGUGAAAAUCAAGGAGCAGACGCACAUGUUCUACUGCUCUAUCAUUGAAAUAGCUGGACUUGAAUCGGUAUGUCUUGACAAAUUCGCAGCUACUAUGUUGCAUCUUGUGUUUUGGUUUUAA